AUGUUAGAGAACUCACUGCUCAGUGCUGAAGUAAAGGAGGGAGAGAUUCUGCCUCCCACUAUUCAGAAGCUGAUGAAAGGAUACAACAAGUACCUCAGGCCUUUCUUUGACAAUGGGCCAGUGACUGUGGGCAUGAGUUUGGACGUUGCCAGUAUUGACACCAUAUCAGAGAUCAACAUGGACUACACGGCCACCAUCUUCCUGCGUCAGCGCUGGACAGACGAGCGCCUGGUGUUUGAGGGGAACAAAAGCCUGAGUCUGGACGGCAGGCUUGUGGAGCUGCUCUGGGUACCAGACACCUUCAUCGUAGACUCCAAGAAGUCCUUCCUCCAUGACAUCACUGUGGAGAACAGGCUGAUCAGAAUCUUCCCCAAUGGAACAGUGCUCUACGCCCUGAGGAUCACCACCACUGUGGCCUGCAACAUGGAUCUGACCAAAUAUCCCAUGGACAAGCAAACCUGCACUCUGCAACUGGAGAGCUGGGGCUACAACACCAACGAUGUGAUGUUCUACUGGACCAGAGGGAACGAGUCGGUCAGUGGUUUGGACACGCUGCGUCUGGCCCAGUACACAGUAGAGGACCACUACACCUCUGCGUCUGAGGCCAUCUAUGAAACAGGCCACUACCCCAAGCUGAUCUUCCACUUUGAGCUGAAGAGAAGCAUCCUGUACUUCAUCCUGGAGACGUAUGUUCCCUCCAGCCUGCUAGUGGUCCUGUCCUGGGUGUCCUUCUGGAUCAGCCAGUCUUCCGUCCCCGCAAGGGUCUGCAUCGGAGUGACCACGGUUCUGACCAUGACCACGUUGAUGAUGGGUGCCAGGACGUCCCUGCCCAACGCCAACUGUUUCAUCAAGGCCAUCGAUGUGUACCUGGGAAUCUGCUUCAGCUUCAUCUUCGGAGCCCUGAUCGAGUACGCCGUGGCCCACUUCUGCACCCUCAACCACCCCGACGCCAACAUUGUGAUGUACGGUCACCAGAUGGGAGGCUUUGACGAGGAGAUGAACGGCAUGGUCACUACCAUCGCCGCUGAAAACAAUAGGGCCAAGAGGCGUAAGGAGAAAGCUGCUGCAGUCUCAGCGCCCAUGGCAGAGCUGGAACUGGGCCCCUCCAGCCCCACUGGCAGCGAGCCCAAGCCCGAGUCUCCUGAGGAGCCCCCCAAUCGCUGCCUCACUGUCCUGGUCCUCCUCCGCAAGUUCCUACGCAAAGCUGCAAACUGUUGCCAUGUGGAGAAUCCCCACUUAAUAGACAACUACUCCAGGAUGACCUUCCCCCUCUCCUUUGUAUUCAUCAACCUCCUCUACUGGACAUACUACCUGUACUUGUAACACACAGGAGUGUGUGUUUCGGUAUGUGUGUGUGUGUGUGUGUGUGUGUGUGUGUGUGUGUGUGUGUGUGUGUGUGUGUGUGUGUGUGUGUGUGUGUGUGUGUGUGUGUGUGUGUGUGUGUGUGUGUGUGUGUGUGUCUGUCUGAAUCUGUGUGUUUCUGUUUGUAAGUGGGAUUCGUUCAUACUGUAUGUGUUUUUUCUCAAACAAUGCACAUGUUUACAUUUACGGUCAUGAGUGAGGCAUAGUGUACAGUAGACCACCAACUACAGUACAACAUCCUGAGGAGAAUUACAUGUCCAUGCCUCGUUUAUUAUACCUGAUUCAGCUCAUUACUGCUCUCAUAAUUGUUGAAUUUCCAGUAAGUUCUGUCCAUGAUGGCCUGCUGACAGAUGACCUAUGGCUGGUGUGGAGCAGAGGAGUGAGUGGCUGGAUGCGCUGUGUAAUAUUUAUGAAUGAGCUGCGAAGGGAAGCAUCCAGAGUACCUCUGGGUUAGGCUGAGUCCACACUUAAGCUCUGAAUGACAAUAUAUACAGUAUAUAUAUUGAGAGAGGGAAUGAGAGAGACAGAUAUAUAUAUAUAUACACUGCUCAAAAAAUAUGAAUGAAUGAAAUAUUCUUAUUAAAUACUUUUUUCUUUACGUAGUUGAAUGUGCUGACAACAAAAUCAUACUAAAAUUAUCAAUGGAAAUCAAAUUUAUCAACCCAUGGAGGUCUGGAUUUGGAGUCACACUCAAAAUUAAAGUGGAAAAUCACACUACAGGCUGAUCCAACUUUGAUGUAAUGUCCUUAAAACAAGUCAAAAUGAGGCUCAGUAGUGUGUGUGGCCUCCACGUGCCUGUAUGACCU